AUGACCAGUGAUAUACUAUGUCGAUUAAGUGUAAAAGAUCUUCUACGCUUCAGGAGCGUUUCAAAGCCAUGGUGCUCUUCGAUCGACGACCCAUGUUUCAUCAAACUCCACCUCUCCCAUUCGCUCAAAACCAAUACCAAUCACUCUCUUAUUCUCAGUCACUGGGAGGACCAGUUCUUCUCCGUCAACUGCGCCCUAUUCGAAACUACCCAAAGACUCAACCACCCAUUCGGUGAACAAAGAAAAACCCUUCAAAUAUUGGGUUCUUGCAAUGGUUUGCUGGCUCUAGUAGACGACAAGGAUAGAAUAUUUCUAUGGAACCCUUCAACGAGAAAAUCCCAGGUACUACCUUUCAAUGAAAUAGGGUUCUCAUCUCCAUCUUCAACUUAUUAUGGAUUUGGGUACGAUCCCAUUUCUGAUGACUACAAAUUGGUUCGAAUGGUCCAAUCACAUGGAAACAAUGAUGAAUAUUUUCAUUCGGAAGCUAAGGUUUACAGCUUCAGGAGCAACUGUUGGAGAAGGAUUAAGGAUGUCUGCUUUUAUCAUAAGUUCAGUCGAGAAUUUGGGUUUUUGGCUAACAACGCUUUACAUUGGAUGGUUUUUAAAACUCCCCAAUCGCGUAAGAAAGAGCUUGUUGGUUUUGAUCUGGGGAGCGAGGAAUUCCGUUUCCUUGAAUUGCCGGAUUGUUGUUUAGAUAAGGUUUUAUGGUUUCACAUAAAAGCCAUUGGGGGUGACAUUUGUUUGACUUCAACUUAUAGGGAAACCGAUAAUGUUGUGGUUGAUGUAUGGAUAAUGAAGGAAUAUGGGGUUAAACAAUCUUGGUUUAAAUUGAUAUCAUGGAAGGAACCCCACUUUAUGCCAUGUUCUACAGUUGCAUUACCUUUGGCUUUUUCAAAAGAUGGUUACGAAGUUUUAUUCUUCAUUGGAUACAAGUGGUUUAAUUGGGGGAGAAGGGUCGACAGUUUUGUGUGGUAUGAUUUGAGAAGCCAAGUGGUUGAGAAUGUUGUGAUUAGAGAUAUUCCAACUUCAUUUGAAGUGAACUGGUAUGUUGACAGCCUUGUCCCUCUUAAUAGUAAUGCUCAACAGUGA